AUGACCCUGCAUUCAACGAGGAAACCCUUUGGGACACGUUGGUAUUCGGACUGAGAUCAGACAAAGGUAGGAAGGACGCCAUAUCGAAAGGAAACUCUUUCACUUUUCAACAAGUCUAUGACCUAGCUAAAACGGAGGAAAGCACAAAGGCACAAAUGCAAGCCAUUACACGCGGGUACCAAGUUGGGAGUGUACACUCUAAGAAGAAA